AUGACUGUUGGGGGUAUGUCGGUAUUAGGUAUUCUUCGUUCCAACGGUGCGCCUCCGCAAUCGUUCCUUAGCGGGCAGGGUACUGAAAUAAGAAAAGCAAGAAAGCGAAAGAAAGGCAAGAAGCGAGAAAAGGAAGGUGAAGUAAGUAGUGGUGGUGGUGGUCAAGUCGCAAAGGAAGCCAGUAGUAGUACUUGUAAUAUUAUUCUUGGGCUCCCUUUGGGAUGUGAGAUGGAGAGGGAGGGAAAAGAAAACAAGAAAGUUAAGGAUAAACGGUAA